UCGCUUACAUGCACCACUCAACAUCAGAAUGGCAGAGCUAGACAUCGAAUCCCACACAAACCCCACCAUUAACACCACAGAUUCUUCGGAAGCCGCUGCCUUUUUCCGCAAAGAAAACCGCCCACUCACGUUAAAGUUCCACAACGUCAUAUACAAGAUCAAAUCCAAGAAAUCAAAUUUGGAAGAGAAAACAAUCUUGAAAGGUAUAAGCGGAGUGGUUCGACCAGGGGAGAUGUUAGCCAUGAUGGGUCCAUCGGGGUCUGGAAAAACCACUCUUCUCACAGCCAUUGGAGGCCGCUUGGGUGGGCGUCUCGAAGGAACCAUUUCUUAUAACAAUAAACCCUUCUCCAAUCAAAUUAAACGCAACAUUGGCUUUGUAACCCAAGAUGACAUUCUUCUUCCCCAUUUGACCGUCACUGAAACCCUUGUUUUCACUGCGCUUUUAAGGCUUCCAAAUGCCUUGACCAAGCACCAGAAAUUGGCUCACGCAGAGGCUGUCCUGUCCCAGCUUGGUCUCAUUAAGUGCAAGAACAGCGUCGUGGGUGACCAAAGACUAAGAGGGGUUUCUGGGGGAGAGAGGAAAAGGGUCAGCAUUGGCCAAGAAAUGCUCAUAAACCCUAGUCUUCUGUUUCUUGACGAACCCACUUCGGGUCUUGACUCCACCACGGCUCAGAGGAUCGUUUCCACUCUCUGGGAGCUCGCUCAUAAUGGUGGGAAGACUGUGGUUAUGACCAUUCAUCAGCCUUCCAGCCGCCUUUUCUAUAUGUUUCAUAAGAUCUUGUUGUUGUCCGAAGGCAACACGAUGUAUUUUGGGAAAGGAUCCGAAGCCAUGGAUUAUUUCUCCACUCUUGGCUACUCUGUUUCUGUGCCUAUGAACCCUUCUGAUUUCUUGUUGGAUCUUGCUAAUGGUUUGUCAAUGAAUGAUCCGGAAGAGGAGGCCACCAUGAUUAAGGAGAAGCUUGUUUCAUGUUACAAGAACAGUGACAUGGCUGAAAACUUGGAGUUAGAGGUAAAAGAAAGUGAUGAACAUUUGGAUGAAGAUGCCACAAUAAACAAGAGAUUUGAGCGAUGGUCUACCACUUGGUGGCAACAAUUCUGUGUUCUCUUGAACAGAGGAAUUAAGGAAAGAAAGCAUGAAUCCUUUUCUGGGCUCAAGAUUGCCCAAGUUUUAGCUGUGGCUUUCAUCAGUGGGCUGUUAUGGUGGCAAUCUGAUGAUGCCCAUUUACAAGACAAGAUUGGAUUGUUCUACUUCUCCUCAAGCUUCUGGGGUUUCUUCCCUCUUUUGCAAGCUAUCAGCACCUUUCCAAGAGAAAGAAUGAUACUCGAAAAGGAGAGAUCUUCAGGAAUGUACCGCCUCUCGUCUUACUUCAUUUCAAGAACCAUAAGCGACCUCCCAAUGGAGCUCAUCCUUCCCACCGUCUUCAUCCUCAUAAUCUACGGGAUGGCAGGGUUGAAACGAACCGUGACGAGUUUCUUUUCGACCCUAUUUUAUCAGCUCCUGAGUGUUUUAGUGUCCCAAGGGUUUGGUCUGGCGGUUGGCGCGCUUGUUUUGGACCAAACUUCAGCUACCACACUUGGAUCAGUUAUCAUGCUUUGUUUCCUUCUAACAUCGGGCUAUUUUGUUCAGCAUGUGCCGGGGUUUAUUGCUUGGACCAAGUACAUUUCUAUUGGUACUUAUACUUAUAAGCUUUUGCUGAUAUCUCAAUACAAAGCUACUGAUACUUAUCUAUGUCCGGGCCAUGGAGUGGGGGUGUGUGAAGUUGGAGAGUUCCCUGCAAUUAAGCAAAUGGGUCUUCAUGGGAAAACCACUGCUAUUUUGGCUUUGAUGGCUAUGCUCGUUGGAUAUCGUCUUGUUGCUUAUAUUGCUUUGAUGAGGAUUGGUGUAACUAAGAAGGAAUAGCUUUUAUGCGUAACGGAUGAAUUUGUUUUGAAAUCUUUGAUAUUGUUAUGGUUAAUCUUUGAUGUUCAUAGGGAUAGUGAUAGUUCAGUGUAUAUCAGGACACUUAGUUU